GUGACAUAUGGUUUUGAGCAAAUCAGAAGCUUUGUGACUACAAUGAGUACAGCAAUUACAGGAACAUAACUUAUCCAUUAAUAUAUUGAAGGCUGACAUUUACAGUCCGCAACUAAGAAAAUCGAUGCACGUGUCAUUUACGACAUCUCACACGUAAGAUGCAAGAUGUCAACACCAAACUUGAACGCAAUAAGUAAACGUCACAGAUGAAACUUUUUAGCGUGACUUUGGUGGAAGUAACUGACAUAACAACAUCACAGAGCCUUAAUCAAAUUAUAUGAUGAACUUUAAUUAUGUUUCAUGCCUUUUUAUUCUGACAUGUGUGAAGGUUCACGUUCUAACUGCCAAAACUGUGAAGGGAGUCUUCAGCACUCUCGUAGCCAAAUCAGAAGUUGGACAAUACAUAACUACAUUCUGUUUCCAUGGUAAUGCUCUGGUCACAUUCAAGACGAACACGACCAGUAAUGCUCCUCCUACUCUGUACAUGUACAUCAGCGAUGACUGGUACGAUGCCGUGGAAGACCUUGACUGUAAACGGAGACUGGGCAAAGCUCGGCUCUGGCACGAGUUGAAUACAACAUCCGGCAACUUCACCGUCGCUCACUCCAUUCGCCCCCGCAUCUGGCACAUCAUCUACGCCGACAGCUACACCUGCCAACCAGGGCGCCCCCCCACUGUGGAGCAGCCCAACUUCAUACAGUUUGAAAUGCAGCUGCUGAAUCCGGACUCGCUGGGAAAUCCAACAGAACAUUUCGGUGAUGAAGAGACAGGGCUGCUGCGGUUUUACCAGUUGUUGACACUAGCAUACUUCGUUCUGGCCUGUAUUUUUGCCCCUCGACUUUGGUCCACGUUAACUAAAGGUGGGCCGAUGCAACUAGUCAUACAACUACUCACAGUGUCUAUAUGUCUUCAGACGGUUGGGUCAUUUCUCAUGACACUGCAUCUCUCAAGAUAUCACCAUGAUGGGACUGGCUCACCAUUCAUGGAGCUUCUGUCAGAAUUCUUCGAUGUGUUGUCUCAGUUCGCUAUGCUGUAUAUGCUGUUAAGUCUGUCCCUGGGGUGGACGCUGGCCAGCACUCACUGCCGUUACUCCCAUCUCAAGGCCAUCAGUCGUAAACCCGCUGCCAAGGUCGUCGCUGUUCUGGCUGUCCUGCAGGGAGGUUUGUUUCUGUGGGAGCAGUACAAUGACAGCUACACACGGACGUACCACGCCCACAGGAGUCGGGCGGGGACAGCCCUGGUGGUGCUCCGCAUCCUGUUGGCCGGCAUGUUUGGAUGGAAUCUCUACACAACCAUUAAAGCUGAGAGAAGUUCAUUAAAGCGUGAAUUUUAUAGUUCUUUUACAAAAGCCUGCAUGUUGUGGUUCCUGUGCUAUCCUGCCACUGUUACUAUAACAUGGAUAUUUCCGGAAUACCUCCGCAUCAAAGUGUUGAUGGGGGUGUUGCUUAGCCAGUCCCUGGCCGGGGCGUUCCUGUACAAGCUCUUCCUCUCCAGAAGCCUAUACUGGGAAGUGUCCGCCCUCUCCAGCACCCUGCCACUCAGAUUUGAUAAAACCUUUAGCUUGAAGAUGUAUUCUUGACACUAUGUAGUGUACGUCAUUUUGUCAUCAGUGUCACUCAAUACAUAACAAAUGAUCGUUUCAGUUUCAUAUCAAUGAAGUUGUUGUUUACCAUUCAGAGACAAACUGAAACCUCAGAAUGCCAUGUGAUAACUUUUCGUUUUUAUGAUGAUCAUACUGGUUUUAUGUGUUGUUUUCAAAAGAAGGUUCGAAGGUUGUAGGGGCAGUGAGGUAGUCUAGUGGUUAAAGUGUUUGUUUGUCACACUAAAGACCUGGGUUUGAUACCCCACAUGGGUACAAUGUGUGAAGUCCAUUUCUGG